CUGCGCUCGACAGGCUUGCUUACCAGAAACUUUCUUUUGUGUGUUGCUUUCCCGUUAUUUUUAAGUAGUGCUCGAGCCUCAAGAGACAAAAUUCACCUGUGAAGAUAAUAUACUAUCAACCUAAGAGUUGUCCUUUUCGAUUUUAAUGUUCGGAGCCUGGUCCAUAAACAUCUUGAGGUUGUGCUGUCAGUGUUUACAGAGCUGUCAAAAUGGAAGCUGGCUUUGCAGCUGCUUUGCAAUUUGAGCAAUGAAUGUAACAUAGCCGUGAAACUUGUAGUGCUAUAGUAGCUGGUCUAUUGAUCCAGACAUUUAAUGUAGAGGCACCAUGCCAGACCGUGGAAGAUUUAACGAAUGGGGUUGUGAUGGCCCAGGUUCUUCAAAAAAUAGAUCCAGCUUACUUUGAUGAAAACUGGCUGAACAGGAUCAAAACAGAAGUAGGAGAUAACUGGAGGCUAAAGGUAAGCAACCUGAAGAAAAUUUUAAAAGGAAUAUUGGAUUACAACCAUGAGAUUCUAGGGCAACAGAUUAAUGACUUCAUCCUUCCUGAUGUUAACCUGAUUGGAGAGCAUGCUGAUGCUGCGGAGCUUGGGAGAAUGCUUCAGCUUAUUUUGGGAUGUGCUGUGAAUUGUGAACAGAAGCAAGAGUACAUCCAGACCAUAAUGAUGAUGGAAGAAUCAGUUCAACACGUUGUCAUGACAGCCAUUCAGGAGUUGAUGAGUAAAGAGUCUCCAGUCUGUGUUGGAAAUGAUGCUUACGUUGACCUUGAUCGGCAGCUGAAGAAAACUACAGAAGAAUUAAAUGAAGCACUAGCAACAAAAGAAGAAAUUGCCCAGAGAUGUCAUGAGUUAGAUAUGCAGGUUGCAGCUCUCCAGGAGGAGAAGAGCAGCUUGCUUGCUGAGAACCAGAUUCUGAUGGAACGUUUAAAUCAGUCUGAUUCUAUUGAAGAUCCCAACAGCCCUGCAGGUCGUAGGCAUCUACAGCUGCAGACUCAACUAGAACAACUCCAGGAGGAAACAUUCAGAUUAGAAGCUGCCAAAGAUGACUAUCGAAUACGCUGUGAAGAACUAGAAAAAGAAAUUGCUGAAUUGAGGCAACAAACAGAAGAGCUUACUACAUUGGCAGAGGAGGCUCAGUCUUUGAAGGAUGAGAUAGAUGUGCUAAGGCAUUCUUCUGAUAAAGUAGCCAAGUUAGAAAGCCAGGUAGAGUCAUACAAAAAGAAAUUGGAAGACCUGGGUGAUCUGCGACGGCAAGUGAAACUCUUAGAAGAGAAGAAUACAAUGUACAUGCAAAAUACCGUGAGCCUGGAAGAAGAACUAAGGAAGGCCAAUGCAGCACGUAGUCAGCUGGAAACAUACAAAAGACAGGCAGUUGAACUACAGAACAGGUUAUCUGAAGAAUCCAAGAAAGCUGAUAAAUUAGAUUAUGAAUGCAAACGACUGAAAGAAAAAGUAGACAGCCUCCAAAAAGAAAAAGAUAGAUUAAGAACAGAAAGGGAUUCUUUGAAAGAAACUAUUGAAGAGCUUAGAUGUGUCCAAGCUCAGGAAGGUCAACUCACCACUACAGGACUGAUGCCUCUGGAAAGACAAGAGCCUUCAGACAGUUUAGCAGCAGAAAUCGUUACUCCUGAAAUAAAGGAGAAACUCAUUCGCCUUCAGCAUGAGAACAAGAUGUUAAAGUUGAACCAAGAAGGUUCUGACAAUGAAAAGAUAGCCUUGUUGCAGAGCCUUCUUGAUGAUGCAAACUUGCGGAAGAAUGAAUUGGAGACAGAAAACAGGUUGGUAAAUCAGAGACUUAUAGAAGUGCAGUCCCAGGUAGAAGAACUACAAAAGUCCUUGCAGGAUCAAGGUUCAAAAGCUGAAGAUUCAAUUCUUCUGAAGAAGAAACUUGAAGAACAUCUUGAGAAGCUCCAUGAAGCUAACAAUGAGCUACAGAAGAAACGAGCUAUUAUUGAAGACUUGGAACCAAGAUGCAAUAAUAGUUCUCUCAAAAUUGAAGAAUUACAAGAAGCUUUACGGAAAAAAGAUGAGGAAAUGAAGCAAAUGGAAGAGCGAUACAAAAAGUAUUUGGAAAAGGCCAAAAGUGUCAUCCGUACCUUAGAUCCUAAGCAGAACCAGGGUGCAGCUCCUGAGAUUCAGGCUCUGAAAAAUCAAUUGCAGGAGCGGGACAGAAUGUUUCAUUCACUGGAGAAAGAAUAUGAAAAGACAAAAAGUCAAAGAGAAAUGGAGGAGAAAUUUCUUGUUAGUGCCUGGUACAAUAUGGGGAUGACGCUGCAUAAAAAAGCAGCAGAAGACAGACUGGCUAGCACAGGCUCAGGACAGUCCUUCCUGGCUAGACAAAGGCAAGCCACGAGCACAAGGAGAUCGUACCCUGGUCAUGUCCAGCCAGCAACAGCAAGUGAUGUGGUUGCAUGACCUGCAGCAUUAUUAUAACAGGGACUGUUCAGUGCAUGACUUGCUUUUCUGUCCAGACUGCAUAACCAAAACUUAACCAGUUCUACACUUAAGACUCAUGGCCAUCUGAUUUCAAAGGGAGAUCUACUUGCAGAGAAGCUUACCAUCCCAGGGAGUUGGCUUUCCCAUUUCCUGCUUCCGUUUACUCUUUCUCUUCACAAAAAGUCUCCUAUGAGGCUAGAAGAGAGGAAAUUCAGAACUCGACAGGAGCGUUCUGCAAACUGACAGAGCACUGUCAGCUCUCCAUUUUACUUCUGCCUGUCCACUUUGUUGAAUUCUGAUUAACAGUAUUAACACACAGAAUUCCUGCAACAGUUUCCUGUACUGAACUACAAAAAUCCAGUCUUAAGAUUCCUAAAAAUGCCUUUUGGUUACUGUUAAAAUUUCAAAGCGCCUGCACCCUUAAAGGAUCCACUUUGAGUCUUUACAUAAUUAAAGUAAAACAAAGGAGGUGUUUUACCAAGAGAAAUGACUAAUGAAUUGCUGCUUGGCCAUCCCAUCUUCCUUAGAAAACGAGGCAAGGUUCAUCUGCAGAUCUCCAAGCCAGGCAAACUCCCUGGGCGGUAUUUUGUUCAUAGACACUGCCUGCAGCCUCACUAUGUAUAUACACAGUAGUUUGUGGCCGUUGUAUUUUUCUCUCUACAUUUUAGCUGUGUUGUCAGUUUCUUUCAGAAAUUUCUUUUUCUUUUCAAUCUGUGUACAAUUGUUAAAACUAUCUGAAGAAAGAAUGGAAUGGAGAGAAGUACGAAAGCCGCCUACACUUGCAGUAUUAUGCAGACUGUCCUUGCCAGUUUAUAAUUUUUUGGGUCGUUUAUCUUUCACCUGUACUAUUUUUCUUUCUUUCUUUCUUUCUUUCUUUCUUAUCGCAGUCUUAGCUAUUUCAUUUCCAAUUGCACUAGCUUGGCUGUUCCUUUGUAUUACGAAUUUUAGCUAAAAGGUUUGCCAUAUAUAGACAGUGUAACUCAAAAUGCUUUGUACUGCCUGUAUUAAUUUAAAAAGCUGCUUAUUUAAUAUUCUUAAAUAUCUGCACAUUUGUACUACUGUAUCUUUGUUUUGUAUUGGGCAUCCAGUACUGGCAAGAUUCAGAAGACGAGGGAGUGCUGUAGUGUUGUAUGUUAAGAGGUUUAUUGUGUAGGAGUUAGUCUGUAAUGAAUGGAUGAGGGGGCUUUUAAGCCAUAGGACUUGCCAGAAAAUCUAAAGUCUGAAUGAUGAAUACUGUAAGUGAUUUGGUUUAAGUCCAGUUCUAGAGAAACCCCAUUCUUGCUCACUUGGAUCUUAAUCCUGCAAAAACAUAAACACAUAUGUACUC